AUGUCGAGAACACCAUCGCCACCAGCCAUCACCCUGAAGGUCGACGAGAUGAGUCAGGAAAGCGACAACAUCCUAAGUGACAUCAGCAGGAAGCUCGUUGAUGAAAUUCUGCCGGCCGCUCAGCACCAAUUGGAAUCGGCGUCCGAUCAUUUCAGCAACACCGUUGAGAGCAUUAAAGAGGCGUUUGGCGGCGACGAGAAACACGUCACCCCACCCCCGUCGCCCGAAGACACUUCGAUCGUGGAGCACGUUGGCGAAGGCGCGCAAGAGGCGCCAUUUGAGGCCAUUAACGCCGUCGAAGAGGUUUUCGAGAAGAAAACUGUCUCUCCAGAAUUGACUGUCGAACAAGCCAACACUGAAAUGGAUUCAUUGAAAGACGCCAAGGACACAAUUUCGUCGUCGAUUCACGAUGCUGCUGAAAAUGCGCAGAAUGCCGCUGAGAAUGUGGUUGAUGGCGUUAAAUCGGCUGCCAGUGAUGCUGUCGAAGAAUCGAAGGAUCUUGCCUCCCACGUCGCGGAAUCUGUGAAGUCAGACGUCGACGAGCUUGCGAACGCGGCUGAAGGGGCUGCUGAAAGCGCAAAGGAGACGUUGGCCGAUGGUGCACAGAAGGCGUCCGAUUUGGGAGAAAACAUUUCCGAGAAGGCUUCCUCUGCUGUUGAAGCUGUCAAGGAUGCCGCUCACGAUGGUGUCGAGGCUGUUGAAAAGCAUGCUUCUGAUGUUGUCGAGAAGGCUUCUGAGUUGGCACACGCUUCUGAGGACAAAAUUGUCGCGGCGAAAGACAGCGUUGUCGACGGCGCCGAGAAUGCCGUCGAAAGUGCUCAAGAAGCUACUUCGAACGCUGUUGAUGCUGUCGAAGAGACGUUCGAAAACGUCAAGCAUGGUGUCGUCGAGGCCGCUUCGGAUGCCAAGGAUGCGGCUAGCAACUCGAUCGAGAGUGCCAAAGAGGUAGCCGAGAAAGUCGCCGAUGGUGCGGCGGAGAAGGUUGGCGAUGUCAAGGAAGCGCUGCAAGACGCCGCCGAAGGUGUCGUAGACGAGGCCAAGGAGGUCGCUUCGAAUGCGGAAGAAGCCAUCAAGGAGACCGCUUCGAAUGCCGGAGAAGCAAUCAAGGAGACCGCUUCGAAUGCCGGAGAAGCCAUCAAGGAGACCGCUUCGAAUGCGGGAGAAGCAAUCAAGGAGACCGCUUCGAAUGCGGGAGACGCCAUCAAGGAGACCGCUUCUGACAUUCAGGAGAAGUCGCAUAGCGCUGUCGAAUCGGUUAAGGAGGCUGCUUCGGACGCAUACGAGAAGACCGCCGAAGCGGCAGAAGCCGCAAAGGAAAAGGCUAGCGAUUUGGUGGAGGCUGCUGGCGAGAAGAUUGCCGACGGAUAUGAGCAUGUCAAAGAAUCGACAGCCAGCGCCGUCGAGAAGGUCCAAGAGGUUGCCAGCGACGCUGGCACAAAGACUGACACGCUCGGAGGUCUUAAGGAUGGAGCGGCGAAUCUUCUCUCGGGAGCUGGAAGCACAAUUGCUUCAGCUUUUGAUAACACCAAAGAUACCGCGGAAGAUGUGAAAGACGACGUCGAGGAGAAGGUUGAAAAGGUAACUGUGGCAGCGUCGAAUGCAGCCAGCGAUGUUGCGGAAUCCGCAAAGGAGACCGAGAAGACGGCCUCCGAAAAUGCGUCAGAAACAUUUGACGGAUUGAAAUCGACGGUUUCGGAAGUUGCCCACUAUGUCAACGACUCGGCGAAAUCUGUGGCGCACACUGUCGCAGAAAAUGUCAGCUCUGCAGCCCACACAGUCAACGAAAAGGCUCACGAAAUCAAAGAAGCCGCUGGUGAGAAGCUGCACGACGCUGGCGAGGCUGUCUCGCAUCUCGCUCACGAGGCCCAGCAUCACGCCUCUGAUCUCGCCACUGAGACGAAGAACUCGGCAGCGAAUGUCGCCGACGCUGUCGCUGCCAAGGCCGAUGAAGUCGAGAGUUCGACGAGAGACGCGAAGCAGGCGCUCAACGAGCGAGCGGCAGCGAUGUUUGAAAAAAAGCGCGAGUUUUUCUAUUCGACACCCGAGAAGUCGCCAGUUGCUCGGCCGACGUUGAAAGACGAUCCGGCGACGAUCGUCGAACAUGUGAAUCAGCAGCAAGACGAGGAGAAGGAGGCGGAGGAGGAGGCGAAAAUUGCGCGAAAUGAACCCGAGCCAGAGGCGAAGAAGACUCCAGCCAAGAAGGUGACCACCGAGGAUGAUGCCUCGAAGACCGGCACCCUGCCAUCGCCGAAGAAUCGCAACACCGACACCCUUCGCUCGACGCGCUCCGAGGGGGCCACCAAGAGAAGAUGCACAAUUUUGUAA